AUCUCAUUCGCAUUCCUCAGCACCAUUCCCAUUCCUUUUCUUUGCUCCCUUUACUCCCUCUCUUCCUUUUCGCCCUUUUACACCCAUAUCGCUUUCGGAGCAAUGAGAAUGUUGCUUCGCCAAAGACCAAUUGCCUGGUCAAUCCUCGUCUUCUCCGCUAGCGUCGCCCUCCUCGCAGCCGCUGGUACUCAACACCAACAACAGUCCUCGUUCCUGCCAUCCAACUUCAACGAUGACACCUUCGCGUCGGAGAAUCCAUCUCCACCAUCGCGACGAUGCACAAGUAAAUACCACAGCAAGAAUUACGGUUCGGACGCUGGUAGUGACGACUGUUUAAGGGUGCUUCGUGAGGAGCAUCGAGUCGGCCCUCUGCCGUGGGCAGCAUGGCAAGAGCCCAUCAAAGAGAGUUUUGCCGGACAUAUUCCCAUCAGAUCCUGGCAACAGGAUGGUUAUCAUGGCGAGACCAGCAUGUUCUAUUGGUAUUUUCCUGCGAGCAAUCCCAAAGUCAAAGAUCCUCCACUCAUCAUUUGGCUUCAAGGCGGUCCAGGAAGUAGUUCGAUGAUCGGCCUCUUUUUCGAGAACGGGCCGAUCCUUGUGAAUGAGCACAUGCGACUCGAGCGCAAACCCUUCAGCUGGUCCGAAGAAUACUCCGUCCUGUACAUCGAUCAACCCGUCGGAACCGGAUACUCCUACGUGACACGACUGCAUGACAGCGAUAACCAGGAGGUCACCGAUCCAGCGACCGUCCAAAAGAUCCUUGCACAGCUGGAAGAAGAACUGCAGGACGAUCAAAUGAACGAAGAGGAAUUUUUCAGGACCCUGACAGCUGAGGGUAUGGACUCAGCCGCCAAAUUUGCGGCGAUUCUCAUGAAAAAGACUCGAAACAAGGUUCCUCUGUACUCGAAGGGUUAUGUCAAGGACGAGCGAGGUGUUGCCGCGGACUUGUUGGUCUUUUUGGAUCAGUUCUAUGAACGCUAUCCCGAAGUCCAAAAGGCGGACCUGUAUCUAACGGGAGAGAGUUAUGCGGGCAAGUACAUCCCUGCACUGGCCUACGGGAUCUUGGAGAGCAACAAGGGUCGUCGCCAUCAUCACGAGGACAAUGAUGAAGACGACGAGGAUGAGGAUGUCAAGAACGCGAAGGGGUUAACUACCCCACAGAUAUUCCCGCUCAAGGGAAUCGCGCUCGGCAACAGUUUGACGGACCCGCUCACUCAGAUCCAGGUCCAUGCUGAUCAUGCCUACUACAUGGGGUUGGUAACUCGCUCUCAAGCAGAUCAAAUGAGAGCCCUUCAGGACCAAGCUGUGAGGGAUGCAGAGAAGGGACGCUUCCUGGACUCGAACAGUCGUCGAGUCGAUGUCUUCGAUCUGUUCAUGAACGCGACCGGCGGACUGAAUUGGUAUGAUGUCCGCAAGGGAUCGAUCCCUAACGACUGGGGUCGCAUGGAGGCCUUCAUGAACCUGGAUCAUGUCAAGGAUUCACUCAACGUCUUUGGCCCUCGAACAUCCUUCCUGAAACAGCAGGGUGUCUCCAGGAGCGAAAUCAAACGCAUCCAGAAGGGGCGCGCCAACACCAAGUACUUCAAGGAUUUAACCGUCAUCAAGACCAUGGCCGGCGAUAUCAUGAGGAGCGCCACCUGGAUGGUAUCCAGCUUACUGCAGCAGGGCAUUAAUGUUCUCACCUUCCAAGGAAUCUUUGAUUUCCGAGACGGUGUCGCAGGCUCCAGUUCCUGGAUCGAGGGACUUGACUGGGAAGGCCAAGAAGAGUUCCAGAACGCGGAGAGGGAGCUCUGGAUGAACGAAGGUAAGCUGGCAGGGUAUGUGUCCCAAGUUCCGGGGCUUUUGAGAGUGACGGUGUUGGGAGCCGGACAUUUGGCACCGAUGGAUCAGGGCGCGAAUGCUCUGGCAAUGCUGAAGAGUUUUGUGGAGGAUUCAAAGCUCCCUUCGACGACUGUGGACGAGGCUCAAGAACUAGCGGUAGCACAUGUUAUCUAGAGUGCCCUCUCUCCCCCUUUCCCCUCGCACCGCGUGCCUGAAUAAAAUGAUCCACCGCGCUCGUAGAGAUAGCGCAUAUACCGAGAUCGCGCGUUGCUUCGAUCCGGAUUUGAAUUUCCCGCGAGAAAUGCGAGCGCCGAAACGCAGACAAGUGUCCACAAUAUUCAGGAAGCGUGCGUGUUUUUUUAUUUUGUCGCGCUCACGUAUCAACUGCACCC